GCUGGGGCUGGCUGGUGCUGCUGAUGUGGGAGAAAGAAAGGGAAGGGAAGGGAAGGAAAGGGGACGAAAGCAAAAAGGAAGGAGGACGGAAGGUAAAGGUCAACAGGCCAAAGCUACCUUCCUCAGCGACAACCUUUUCACCCUUUUCCCCCACAACAGUUGAACAUCCUUUCGUACUGUUGUGACAUCGCGCUAGCUCUCCCCUCGAGCAGGCGGGUGGGACGGAUUGACUUGCUGCAUGCGCAGGAGGAUGGGAUGUGUGGGUGUGGGUGGGGGGAAGAAGAGCAGAGAAGUAGGAAAGAAAAGUAACACAAUGGAGGAACGGCAGUGCAGGGCAGGGAACGGGGAGACAAGGGAGGGCAGGUAAACUACUUCUGCUGCUGCUGCUGCUCUUGUUCUUAGUGAAGUGCAGACUUGGAGCAUGAGUUUAAGAGGCGAAUGUAUUCUGACUGACACAAGGUACCGAAGGGGAGAAGAAGAUUGGAGAAGUAGAACUGUGUCGACAGAUAUGGGGAGGGAAAAAAUCUUGAUGACGGUGGAUUGAUGGUGGGAAGGAGUGGGCCGCAGUUGUACAGGGCCGGAGACGAGACGUGAGAGAGUGAGUGAGUUCACACCUACUGAUGAUUUCGGGGUAAAGCGUGAUGGAAAGCGCAAGCUUGGGGAGGAGCGCAGAAAGAGCUAGGAGGGUCAGCCGAGAGACCUCCACGUGAAAGUGGGCGGACCCGAGCCUGCGAUCAGCUCCGAAACCUCACGAGGAGAAAGUAAGGAGGGAGGACAAUGCAGGGGCGGAUGUCCAGAGAACGUGAGAUUUUGCAGGAAAUUGUGGAGAGAAUAGGAUGGGUGUACGCAGGCCUAUGGCAGCCCUUGCCACCGGAUAACAGCUUGGUAGGAUGGGCAGAUGGAUACUACAACGGACCUGUUUCGGAGAACUCGGAGGCACCGCUGCCGUCGAGCGCUCAAUGGAAUCAAAGAAAAGAGCGGAGGCGGAUGGUGGAGGAGUUGCAAUCAGUGCCAGACAGUCGUCUUACCGACCGGCCGGACCUCAGCAACAUCGAGUGGUUCUACUUGAUUUCGUCCAAGUUCGAAUUUCCCUUCGGAACGGAUGGGACACCCGGAAAAAUGCUUAUGACGGGUGGCUAUGAAUGGAUCUGUGACGGCGAGGAAGUAAACGGGGCAUUGUUUAGUCGCACAGCCUUAUGCAAGGCAACAGGAAUGAAGACGGUACUGUGCCUAGCAGUUUCCGGAGGAGUUGUGGAAAUCGGCACUACUGCCUUGAUCGAUCAAAACCUGCAGCUGGUGCAGUUCGUGCGCAACAUGUUCCAAAGAAGUUCGGGUACCCCAAAAGUACCGAUCUCUCUUCUGAGCCACGAGCAGAAUGACGACAACCGAGACAACGGUCUCUUGUUCAACGCGUCGUCGGCAACUGCAAAAUUCUCAUCUCCGGCGUCGACGAAUCUGGGAAUGUCGAACCCAGGCCUGCCAAACUCAUCGGCUGGAAGAGGUCUGGGUUUGGCCCCGCCGUACCAACCGAACUUCUCCAACCCCGGUCCUCUUCAGCAGAUCAAUUCAUUUGGAUUGGACACGAUAUCGUUCGCUCCAAGUCUUUUGAAUGGAUUGAUGCGAGAGCAGGGCCCGGAGCUGAAUCUGCAACAAGCAGCUGCAGCAGCAGGGUCAUGGGAUCUGAGUCUAGAACAACAGCUGAUGCAAGAUCAGAACAUGAUACCGGCCAAUCUCAAACACAAAUUGACAGGGCCCACUUCUGCCCUCACAAAGUCAGGCUCGUGUGUGGCCUCCUUUGAGCAAGCUCUAUUCCACCCGCAUGCUCAACACAUUCCACAGCGACGAGCACUGCCCGUGGAAUCGACCGGGAAGCUGUUAUCAGAUUUCCAAGCUCAACUUUUUAACCAGUCUCAGCUACAGCAGCAGAGCAGUCUCAUGCAGAACUCUGCGGAGACAGUGGUGAGCGAUUCUCCUCAUCAUUCGCCUGUACCCGGCCAACCUUUGCCCGACUCCUUGAAACACGCCCAUUCUCCAGAUAUCCACUGGCGAAGCGUCACACAUUCCAAGGGAAUUGGCUCUCCCCGAAGACUUCUGACGGUCGAGUCCGGCAAAGGUCUGGCCGAAGUGUCCAACAUCGAUGACCCCAGCUUGAAAUGUCAUCAGCUCGCCAGCCCCUCCGAAGAAUCUCACCAGCACAACUUCACCGACUUGAUUCCCCCCUCCAACCACGGCCACGGACAGCAGACUCAGUACUUGGCCGAGCUGACGGGCGAAGCGCACACCGGACAGUCAGCUGAUCACUCGUGGUCCAGCGAGGCCAUAUCACCCACCAUAUCUGAGCAGGAGCAAGACCCGGAGGAUGGCUACUCCCUCUGGGAAGAUACGAGCGAGACAUUGGAGAACGGAAGAUUUUUAGGCGAUUCAUUCAAACAUGACAGAAGCAAGAAAGCAAGACUGUGUGGCUUGAACAUGAACGGCCACCAUCAGAGCAAUGGGACAGCAAACGGCAUGGGCAGCUUCCUGGACCACCCCCACAUGGAUGAGAGAACGCGCCAAGAGAACGAGAAGUUUCAAGUUCUCAGAGCCAUGCUUCAGCCACAUGCCACUUGCAAGGGUGACAAGGCUACGGUUCUAGGCGAUGCAAUUGAGCACAUGAGGGAUUUGCAGAGGAGAGUGAAGGAGAGUGAAUCCACAACCACCUCGUCGGCAUCGGACGACGGGCAAAAUCCCAGAAGUUUGGAAAGGAGUUCCAGUCUGACGACGAGUUUGGUGCAAGGGGUGAAUCACGUCAACCUCAGGAGAGACUACGGCCACCGAGGCAUCCGUCAACAGCAGUAUGGUAGAAGCGGUGGAGGCGAUAAUGCUCCUCUCUUGAAGCUAUCGGACGUAUGCCUCGAUACCAAUGAGGAGCUCGAUGGUGUGGUGCUGGCAGUUCUAGAUGAUAUACCACAAAUUGAAGUGCGAAUGAUGGAAAACGAGCGCGUGAUGAUCAAACUCAGCUCCAAAGACCGACCCAACCUCUUCACGGACAUCAUGUUUGCUCUGCAGGAUCUGCAUUUGCAAGUGCAGCACGCCAAUAUCCGUACGGUAGCCGGAAUGGUGCAUGACGUCUUUGCAGCCAAGGUGGAUGUGGCGCUAUUAGAGAAGCAGUCGACGCACACCAUAGCAGAGGCAAUAAGGCGAGCCAUCGAAAGAGGCAAUUCUCCGAAUUCGUGCUCACCGAAUCCUGCGACUCCGGAUGCCAACCCGAACGUCAACUCUCCUCGAAAGCGGUCUCUACAACUGACUUGACGGCCGGACCUUGCGUGUCUGUCUCACCGGAACAUGCCUGUAUCCACUGUGUAGUCAAAUCCACUAACAUAACAAUUCACAUGUGCAGAAGACCAGUCGGCGGUUCAUUCUUGAAGAAAACCGCAACAUUCUGGCUGGAGUUGGAAAGCUUGGCAUCGGAUCAGCAGCUCACGUCACCUCCAUCUUCAACGCAUGGUUUCUGUGUGUAUAGAGAGGAGUGAGCUAGCAGCUGAGGAGCCGAGGAGUCAUGAGAUCAAUUUGAAAGGUCGAAUGUCUGAUUCGAUUCUCCACUUAAGACCUAGUAGCUGUUUGGAGCAAGGGUCUUUUGCGAGCACCCGUCUCCAGUGAGAAGCUGCCAUGGCUUCCUUGAGCAACAUUACUUUCUCACGAGAAGACCAUGUGUAUGAAAUUGGAAGUCCAGCAUCAUAAUCCUGUAUCUUCAUCAUCAAAGUUACGUUAGUUGAUCUUCUGGAAAACAACAAUAGAAAGUUCUACUUUAAGUACACUCUGUUUGUGACUAGACUAUGCUCAGGAUGUGCCAGACCUAGUUUUCCACUUGCUUGUUCAUCUCCCCCCCUACCCCACCCCACCCCAACCUCGGCUUCUUCUUCAGGCAGGAGAAGCUCGGAGCUUCUUCGGAACAAGCUUCUCUUUCUUCCCUGAGUUCUAGUUUAUCUAAGAUUAGAUGGAGAGACCUCCGAGUUUCGUCUAUUGCAGAUGAUGGCUGUCGCAGCAAGCAUCCACCCGAUGCGUGAUUAGAUUGCGAAGCCUUGCGAACUGGCCCGACUUGUGUACGAGAUAACUUUGAGAUUAUUUGUAGAACUUCAUCAUCAUCAUCAUCACCAUGUAACUAUCGUCCGGGAUGAGAGCAAAGUAUGUGACGUGUUGUAAUGCUUUGCUUUGCCACUAGAUGUUACAGUAGUGUCACAUUGUAGCAUUUGCGGAGGCCUCUUGUACAUAACUGGAGCCGCUCAUGACUACACCCAAGGGCUUUCAUGCCAGAAGCCGAAGCUGAUGUUGAGACUCCUGGUGCGGAUUGCCACAUCCAUCAGUGCCUAGGAAUGACGUAAAACAUAUACUCAUGUGUAGCUGAUUAGACGUAGGAGAGAGACUAGAGGCGGACCCUUCUGCGCGAGGGACAAAGGAGACGAACCGCAUUGCUUAGACAGAAACAUGAAAUGUCACCGACUUGGCAAACUUAACAACUUUCCAAAUUUC